GAUCGUUCAUUCUUUACCCGAUACAGUUCUUUGUGAUUGGUAGUGGAUACGCGAGCUGAACCUUAGUGUGACAAAUCUCACAAAGGGAUUGACACUUAUAAUUCACUUCUCAUCAGGCUUUUAUUAAAAUCAAAUUAUUUAAGCUUAGCGUUUGAGUACUUUUAUUGCUUUCUCUUUAAGAACGAAGUGCAAUGGAUAUCCUUAAAUUAUUACCUAAAGGGCUGAAAAUAGAAAGUCCAUUUACUUGGGAAUUGGAUCAAAAACAAGUUCAUAAUGUGAAUAAAGAAGAUUUCAUUAUAGCUGAUUAUGACGAAUCACCUAUCACACGCUUUCUUGAAAUGAAUACAUUUGCCUACAUUCUAUGUUUGCAAGGAAAAAUUGAUGAAGCUGAAAAAUUAGUUAAAGAAAUUAGUGAUCUUUGGAAAAAUAUUUAUGAAAGUGUUUCAAAAGAUGAGAAUUAUUCAGUCGAUGUACUAAUACAUAUAAAAAAUGCGACAGCAUAUUGCAUAUAUUUAUCGGCUGGGAAAAACGAUCAAGCAAAAGCUCUGGAGAUAAAAAUUAAAGAUGCAAAUGAUUUCACUUCUGAUAUUGAAAAAGGAACAAUAUUUGGAUCUCAGGCGUCAGCUUAUGUCCUUUUUUAUGAAAAUAUUUUAGAUUCAGCUUUAAAAUCGGCUAAACUAGCUGUUUCAUAUGCUCCUAAAUGUGUAUUGUGGCACUUUGUAAUUGCCAAGUGUUUGCGAAAAAAAAGACGUCAAAAUAAUGUUUGGUAUGUUUCUCAAGAAGAACAAAACGAAUUCUUGAUGUGUUACAAGCUAUCACCAUCUGAUCUUCACAGCAUGGCUGCUGCAAGAAUGUACAAAGAAAGUAGAAAUUGGAAAAAAUGCUCAGAAAUACAGAAUGAAAUUUACAGAAGAGGGCCCACUUGCAUAUACGUGAGAUUAUUUCUUGCCUUAUGUUUCAUAAAUUCCAAGGAUUUUGUUAAGGCCAAAAAUUGUUUGGAUUACAUUGCAAAUUUACCUGCAGAGAAAAGAUCGAAAACUUACUAUCAUUAUUUGGCAAAAUAUCACGAAAAAAAAGGAAAUGAUUUAAAAGCUAAAGAAAACUAUUUAAAGGCUAUCGGUGAAACCGGUAAUUUUCCUGCAGAUAUGGAUUAUUUUAAUUUCAUUAAACGAAACUCAAAGAAUAACGAUGAUGCGAUUAAACACCUUCAAAAUAUGCUGGAAAGAUACGAAAAUCGAGAAGGUUAUACUUUGCAUAUAUUACUUAGUUUAGCCUUUAUUUAUUUAUUUGAUAACAACGAUAAAAAGCUAGCAGCCGAGUAUUUUUUAAAGGCUGUAAAGACAAAUCCUCUUCACCAACAAUUAGAGGAAUUUCGUAGACCUUUUGAAGUUAAAACCAAAUUUAACUCUUUUGAAUUGAUUCGUAAAUACCUCUUGACAGGAAAUGAAAAAAGUUAUGGAACUACUUUGAAGGAAUUGAAAAAUUAUUGUAUUGAAUACGAAAAUCGGAAACAAAAUAGCAAUGUUCUGGAUUCGCUGAACAUUAAAUUCGGUAAAGCACGUUCUCUUAAUCUCUUAAAGAAUUAGAUUAGAAAAGAGAAAUUCAUAACUCAAAACAUAAUAACUUUGAAUUUGAACAAUUACGGGUGCUUAUAACUUCAACAACAAGAAACUAUUCGCUUUCAAGAUGAAAAAAUACUUUGAUAACCGAAAUUAUUAAGGGGACACUUGUGUCAAAAUUAAUAUCUAAUUUUCAUGUUUUUUAAGGGGAUAUAGAAGCUAGCCGAAAAAUCAAAAUUUCUUUGCAGUUUUUUGAAAUUUCUGUUGAAUAUUUCUCGAAAAUUCAUCUCUAUGGCGACCUUAAGAACAUCAAAACGAAGAUCGCCAUAGAGCUUUUCCGAGAAAUAUUCAGGAGAAGUUUCAAAAAACUGGAUUGAAGUUUUGAUAUUUUGGCUGGCUUCUAUAUCUCCUUAAUUUAACAAAAUUCACACAGGUGUGUCCCCUCAACCUUUAGAGGGCCAAAAAGCCAAUAUAUUGGCGCAGCUCUGAUCGCUACUGAACCUAUGAUUGAUCGAUGAUUUUUAUACCAGUUUUGUAUAUGGAUGAUGUGACCUCUGAAAUUAAGGUCGUCUAGAGAUUAAGACAAGUUAUAUCCACAAACCUAAAAAUUACAU